UUUCUCUCACACUCAAUUUCUCUCGCUUUCGGUCAAGUAGUCUGUCAACCACCACGUUUCCAAUUUCGACAAAUUUGCUGAUGCUUUCUCAGUUCUUAAGAUGAGGACCCUGGUUGUUCUGACGUUCCUCGUGUCUUCUCUGGAGUUCCUGUUCUGCACCCCUGUCUACCCAGUGGGGCCAAAUGAGGAGGUUCUCAAACAGCUGUCUAGGGAAGGCGAGAGGCAUGUUGACGAGGAGAUGAAGAGAGCCCUUUUUGGAGUCAAACAGAUGAAGGAGACGAUGGAGAGGAAAGAGGAGAAACACAAGCAGUUCAUGAACAGCCUGCAACACAGCAGUGACAAGAGAAAAGGGGCGGUGCAGUUGGCCACGGAGACGGAACACAAGCUUCAGGAGGCUGAGCAGCAGUGCCGUGAUUCGCUGAGGAUGUCAUUUGAGGAGUGUCGUCCCUGCUUAGAGGACACCUGUAGGAACUUCUACACCUCCACCUGCCGGAGGGGCUUUUCAUCCUUCUCCUUCAAGGUGGAAGAGUUCUUCAAGAAGAUGUCGGCCCAGUUGGAAACUCAAGACGAGGUCUACAACCAGAACCAGGACCCAGACCAGAGCCAAAAGCCCGAAUCUCAGACCCAGACCCCCGACGGGAUGGAACAGGAGCUGGUACAAGUGGACGCCUCCUUCAGACAGCUGAAGAGCAGAGUGGGCGUCCUCUACAACACGAGCGUGGAGCUGGUCAACAGGAUGCACCAGGAGUUUGGCCAUACCUUCCAUGUAGCCUUUACCACCGAUUUGAAGCCCAGGUUGCUCACCCCCACCGAGGAGACCCCUAGUCUGGGCUUCCUUAGGGGAAUGGGUCUGGAGCACAUCCUGGACUCAGUGUAUGACUUUGGCAAGACUAUGCUGGAAGAGUUCAGUUAUGCGAUGACAGACACAUUGGACGAGGUGAAAGAGACUCAGCAGCAGAGAGCUCCAGGGUCGUCCUUCGAUGGGGAUGCGGGCCACAGCAGGUACCUGUGCAGGCGGCUGCGCAGGCAGGCCUCAGACUGCUGGCUGCUGCAGGACCAGUGUGACAACUGUCAAGAGGCUCUAAGAAGAGAGUGCCCCAGCAUGAGGGAGCUUCACUCUGAGCUGGAGGAGAUCCACCUCCUGCUGAACGCCUCUCUGCAGCAGUACGAGGACACGCUGCUGGUGGUCCAGAGACACACGGACGAUACGCUCACAUGGCUGGACGUCACAGCAGAGAAGUACGGCUGGGUGACCCUGCUGGCUAAUGACACUCUGGGCCCGCCGCACAUCUUUAGCAUCACUUCAGUGGUUCCACACAUAAAGAUGAGGGAGAGUGGGUCUAAGGUGGACACCACAGUGGCUGUGAAGGUCCUGGACUCUCCAUUGUUGACCCUCUCAGUUCCAGCUGAAUUGGAGAUGCAGGACCCUGCCUUCAUCCAGUAUGUGGCCAAAGAGGCCUUGGUGCUAUACAAACAGAAGUUGAACAAAUUGCAGUGAUAAGGAUAUCUGCAAGAAACCUCCGUGACUCAAUAUUCAAGUUCUGGUAUUUAUGUAAAGUGUAUUGCACUGUAUUUUUCAUCUUUCUCCAAGUAGAAGAAUUUGACAUAGUUCUUGAUUUUGUGAUAACUGAACUGUAAAAUAAAACAUUUCAAAAUGAUGCUUCCAUUUAUGCGUGAAUGAAGAUAUGGCUUUAACCAUAGGCAUGGCUCUGCCUUUAACGUGUGGAGUGGGUUGUUCAGUAG